CAGACAAUAUACUGUUACACUGGAGCAAGAUGGCGACUGUCAUUCACAACCCCCUGAAACCACUUGGGGAUCAGUUCUACAAAGAAGCCAUCGAGCAUUGCCGCAGUUACAACGCCAGGCUGUGUGCCGAGCGCAGCGUCCGUCUCCCGUUCCUGGACUCCCAGACCGGCGUGGCUCAGAAUAACUGUUACAUAUGGAUGGAGAAACGGCACAGAGGGCCAGGAAUGGCUCCGGGGCAGUUGUAUACCUACCCAGCUCGGUGCUGGAGAAAAAAGAGGCGCUUGCAUCAUCCAGAUGACCCCAGGUUAAGACUUCUUGAAAUCAAAUCAGAUGUUGAUUUUCCUCUACGGAAAGACGUUCUGUCAGAGGGAACUACACUGGAAGCUCUGCUUCGAGGGGAGUCAAUUGACCGGAAGGAUGCCAGAGAUGAGGACAGUCUACAAGAAAUUCAGAGAGUAUUGGAAAAUGAUGAGAAUGCAGAUGAUGAUGAUGACAUGGAAGAAGAAGUUCCAAAGAGAAAGAACCGAAGCAGGGGACGGGCACGUGGUGGUAGGAGAAGGAACGACACCUCAUAUGACGACCAUGAUAAACCCUACGUGUGCGACAUUUGCGGCAAACGUUACAAGAACCGUCCGGGACUCAGCUACCACUACGCCCAUACCCAUCUAGCUGAUGAAGAAGGGACAGACAGUAGAGAUCAAGACACACGAUCCCCGUGCUCUCCCUCCAUUCUCAGAAACGAAAACCAGAAAUCUCGCAAAGGAUCCGAUGGUGCUAUACUUUCCAACGACUACUGCGACUUCUGCCUGGGGGACUCAACCAUGAAUAAGAAGACGGGACAUCAAGAGGAGCUCGUGUCCUGCGCGGACUGCGGACGCUCUGCUCAUUUGGGAAGAGAAAGCAGAAAGGAGGAGAUGCACAACGCAGAGGACUUAUUCGGUUCCACGUCGGAAAGCGACACAUCCACGUUUCAUGGCUUUGACGAGGAUGACUGGGAGGAACCUUCCUCUGUCCGAGCCACAAUCUCCCCAACUGCAGAGGACCAGGGGGACUCCUGAAGGAAAUAAUUUGGAUCAACCACAUCUCCUUCCAGUUAUAAUCCAUACCUUCAUUUUUCUUUUUCUUUUUUUUAAUUUUAAUUAAUUUUUUUUUGUUUUAAGACAUUUUUUUUUUCCGUAAUCUGCAUUUUCAAAGCACAACCGCAUCAGACAUAUCUGAAAAUUCGGAAUGUUCUAUGAGCUGUUUUGAACCAAAACUUUGUGGAUUUAAACUUUUUUUUUUUUUUUGGCCAAAGCGCCUGUCGCCAGUAUUAACCAGCAAAUCUAAGGCUGGACCUAAAACCAGUUUGGACUUUUAUAUUUAAAACAUAGUAGCGUUAACACGUUAUUUUAAUACAGAAGGUAGGAAAUACACUGAAAGUCCGCUUUUUGUUGUGGCUACGACCCAGGGUACCUCAGAAAGAAGACUUUUGUAAAUGAUGGCUUCUGCAUUAAAGCAAGUAGGCCUUCUUCAGUCUUACUUCAACACUGAUAUACACGGAGCAAACUUCUCCCCGUUUCUGCCACCUGAUCUCCUGCACGAGGUCAGAAGAUGUCUAGCUGUAGAACAAGUCACUCACAUGCUAAUACAUUUCAAAGAAAAAGAAA